CCCUCGCAGAGCUGAUUUUCCAAGUGCCUGUUCUGGCCUUGCUUCUUGUGUAUCUUUGGCUAUAGCUUUAAAGUGAAAAAUUGGCUGUGAUGGCAGGAGGCCCCCCUAGCAUCAAGGAGGAGAUGGAAACAUCCAUGGCUGAAGAACUGGUUCCUGAAAGCUAUAUGCAAAGCCAAGAGCACCUGGUGAUAGCAGAAAUGAUGGCACGUGGAUCCCAAUCCCUGGGUACCUCUCAGCGGCGACAAAAGUUGGAUCCAAAGGCUGCUGGCUCUGUUGCACGUCAACCGGCUUGGAAUAUGACUGCCACUCGGCCCAAGAAAGCGGGGCCCCAGCUGCCAUUGCCCAGAAUGUUGAGAGAACAAGGCCAUGGCAAUGCUCACCCUCAGGAGUAUCUUGGUGGCUUCCAGAACAUGAGGUUCCAUUAUGAGCGUGACCCAGAGGCAGAUAUGGUGGCAGAGAUUGGCUUGGAAGAGCUAAAUGGAUUGGAGAUGGAAGUCAUGAGAAGACAGCUACACGUGAUCACCAGCCGGCUGCGUGCCCUGGAGGACCAGGGCGCUACCUGGCGCCACAGGGAUGCUCUGUUCUUCACCAUGCUGGUGUCGGCCUGCAUUGCCAACCUGUGGCUGUGGAUGCGCCAGUGAUGUUUUAUGCUGCC